AUGUUUUCGCAUUCAUUGUCUUUAUUUUCUCUUUCACUUUUAUUCAUGCGCUUUCCCUGUUUUACUUUCACUUUUUUUAUUUUCUUUCUUAUAUUCUUUAUGUGCCUAAUCAUCGUUGAUCUUUCUUGCUUACGUUUUCAUUCAUUUGCCUCUUUCUUUGUAUUUUCCUGUUAUAUAUUUAUAUAUUUAUUUAUUUAUCACCUGUGUUUUUCUUUUUACUUUUUUAUUGUUUUGUUUUUAUUCUUUCUUCCAUACAUUCACAUCUAUCUAUCUAUCUAUCUAUCUAUCUAUCUAUCUAUCUAUCUCCUUUUUGCUAUUGUCAUUCUUUCUAUAUUUCUUUCUGUCUUUCUCUUUGUUUUAUCGUUUAUUAUUGGCUUUCCCUUUUAUCCCUACCCUUGUUGUUUUUGUAUAGUUUUAUCGUCUUUGUUUUUUGUUUCUUUUAUCUUUUUGCCUUUAUUUCUUUUCCCUUCUCUUUUCAUUGUCUUCUUUUUCUUUUCGUCUCUUCAACUAACAUUUUCUUCUUUUUUCUUUCAUAUAAUUUUCAUGCCUGUUUGUUUUCUUUUACCUUUCUCUUCCCCAUUUUUCAUUAUUCCUCCUCCGUUUCAUAAUUUAGUCUUUGAGAUCUCCUAUCUCUCAAAGAGUUUUACCAGUUAA